GCCAACCAUGAACUCCAGCCCGUCUGGGGACUGCCCAUGCGUGGGCUCUGCAGGCCGCCCGGCUAUUCUGUACGCCCUUCUGAACCCCAGCGUCAGGGCCAGGCCCACUGCAUCCGCAUCCCGAAGUCACUGCCUGUGCCAGCAGCACCGGCCUGUGCGUCUGUGUGCUCCUCACCGCACCUGCCGGGAGGCCUUGGAUGUCUUAGCCAAGACGGUAGCAUUCCUCAGGAACCUGCCGUCCUUCUGCCAACUGCCCCAUGAGGAUCAGCGGCGGCUGCUGGGGGUCUGCUGGAGCCCUCUCUUCCUGCUCGGGUUGGCCCAAGAUACUGUGACCUUUGAGGUGGCUGAGGCCCCAGUGCCCAGUAUACUUAAAAAAAUCUUACUGGAGAAACCCAGCAGCGGUACCGGGGAUGCCCAGCUACCAGAACGGCCACAACCCUCGCUGGCUGCUGUGCGGUGGCUCCAGCGCUGUCUGGAGUCUUUCUGGAGCCUUGAGCUGGGUCCCAAGGAGUACGCCUACUUGAAAGGAACCAUCCUCUUCAACCCAGAUGUGCCAGGCCUCCAUGCUUCCUGCCACAUCGCGCAUCUGCAACAGGAGGCUCACUGGGCCUUGUGUGAGGUCCUGGAGCCCUGGUACCCAGCUAGCCAAGGCCGCCUGGCCCGAAUCCUCCUCAUGGCCUCCACUCUCAAGAACAUUCCAUGUAGCCUUCUGGUAGACCUCUUCUUCCGCCCUCUCAUCGGAGAUGUUGACAUCACUGAGCUGCUUGAAGACAUGCUCUUGCUGAGGUGACCUGCAGAAGGAGGUCCAGUGCUUCCAAAGGGGAGCCUGAAAGGCAGCACUCAACU